GUCUACUGAGAGUGCUUGGGUGCACAUAUAGAUUGGCUGAGGAUCGAAAGAUGGGCUCUUCUUCUGCAGAUGGUUGUCGCCGCCAGAUCCUAUGGCAGCAUUCCGAUGUCAAAAACACGCACCUAGAAAGGUUCCGCAAGUUUGUCAACCAUCGACGUGGUCUCUGCUUGCUUAACUAUCGCGACCUGUAUUUGUAUUCCGUACAACGAUAUCCCGAUUUCUGGCACGAUGUGUUCGAGUUCUCGGAUCUUAUUUACACGGGGAGCUAUCGUACGGUGGUUGAGGCUUCAGUCCCUAUGGAAAGCAUCCCAAAAUGGUUCCCCGACGUCAGAAUCAACCUGGCUGAGAACCUUCUGUUUGGUCCUCGGAAACCCGAUUUGAAAAUCGCCGUUACGAGCAUCAGAGAGGGCAAUGCGAAUGUCACCCACACUUCCUGGGCAGAGCUGAGGCUGAAGGUGGGAAAGUUGGUUUCUGCCUUGCGUGGUCAUGGGAUAAAGAAGGGAGAUAGGGUUGCUGUGAUUGCUUCCAACAGUCUCGACACUCUUUCCAUACUCGUCGCCACCGUCUCGAUCGGUGCCAUCUUAACGUCCACCUCUACGGAUAUGGGGACCAAGGCCAUCUUGGACCGUUUGAGUCAAACCCGCCCUGCACUGGUGUUCAUGGAGGACUUCGCAGUGUACGGAGGCAAGGUCACAGAUCUACGGCCUAAGGCAAUCGAGGUUGUCGGAUCGCUUAAACAACUCGAAGAGUUUCGCCAGUUGGUUAUAGUGCCGAGAUUCGACUUGGUCACCGACUUAUCGUCCAUUCCCCUUAGUUCCUCCUUCGAAGGCUUCCUGUCCAAGGCAAUUGACACCAAACUCGUAUUCGAAACGGCUUCCUUCGACCAACCGUGUUUCAUUCUCUAUUCGUCCGGGACCACCGGCAAACCAAAGUGCAUCGUCCAUGGCGCGGGCAACAUCCUCAUCUCCCAGAAGAAAGAGCUUUUGCUCCAUUUCGAAAUUGACGAUGCAUCUGCACAGAUGAUCUUCACCACAACAGCGUGGGCUAUGUACAACAAGUCUAUAACAAGUCUACUGAACGGCGCACGCGUUGUGACUUAUGACGGCAGCCCCUUCUAUCCCGAUCGAAAGGUGCUCCUCAGAAUCUGCGAAGAACAAAAAUUGACGCACUUGGGUAUUUCGCCGCGAUAUCUCGACGAACUCCAGCGCCAUAACAUCAAUCCGCGAGAUGUGGCGAACCUGUCCAGUCUGAGGAUGGUCAAUGUCACGGGCGCCACGCUGCUUCCCGAACAGGCUCACUGGUUCUACGAGAAGGCAUUUCCGCCCCAUGUCCAUCUGGCCAAUUCUGCCGGCAGUACCGAUACUGCCUGUCAGUUUGCCGCCCAGAAUGUGCUUCUGCCCGUCUACCCUGGCGAACUGCAAUCUGCUGCUCUGGGGAUGAAGAUUGAAGUGUUUGAGCCGCGCGACGAUCGUGACGGAGAAGGUGCGGUCCAAGGUAGACCUGUCUCAGCAGACGCCGCAGGUGAGCUUGUGAUUUCCGCGCCGUUCCCGACGAUGCCUGUCAUGUUCUGGGGGCAAGAUGGAGGCAAACGAUACCAUGGCUCUUACUUUGCGGCAUUCAAAGGGGUCUGGACGCAAGGCGAUUUCAUCAAAAUCCACAGUGACACCGGAGGCAUCGAGUUCUUGGGACGCUCGGACGGAGUCCUCAACCCGUCCGGUGUAAGGUUCGGCUCGGCCGAAAUCUACAGCGUGCUGCAAGAGUUCCCGCAGAUCGUGGAUUCGAUCUGCGUGGGCCAGCGCCGGCGACACGACUUGGACGAGAGCGUCUUCCUGUUCGUCCUGCUCCGACCGUCGGUGAGAUUCACUGCCAAGCUGGUGUCCGAUAUCAAACUCGCGAUCCGAAAGCGCCUGUCCGCCCGUCACGUCCCCAAGUACAUCUUCGAGUGCAAGGAGAUUCCGAUGACGUUGACCAACAAGAAGAUGGAGUUACCGGUUAAAAGGAUCGUCUCGGGCGACUUCAACGUGUCUACCGCGGCCAUCGCCAAUCCGGGGAGCUUGAAAUUCUUCGAGCAAUUUUUCCGCGUCGAGGAAUUAGAAGCUCGAGGCAAUGGUUUGGACGGAGUCUCAGCGCGACUGUAA